AUGAGCCAUCUCUUCUCCAUCUCUUCUCUCCAUAAAAGAAAUCUAUUAAAGCCAUCUCUUCUCUCAUCUAUAAGCCAUCUCUUCUCUCUAAAGACAUCAAGCCAUCUCUUCUCUAUAAAAGACAUCUAUGAAGCCGUAUCUUCUCUCUAUAUAGACAUCUAUAAAGCCAUCUCCAUCCUCUAUAAGAAGACAUCUGUGAAGCCAUCUCUUCACUCUAUAAAGACAACUAUGAAGCCAUCUCUUCUCUCUAUAAAAGACAUCUAUGAAGCCAUCUCUUCUCUCUAUAGGAACAUCUGUAAGCCAUCUCUUCUCUCUAUAAAGACAACUAUGAAGACAUCCAUCUCUCCUCUAAAGACAUCUAUGAAGACAUCCUCUCAUAAAAAUCUACUCUCUAUAAAGACAUCUAUGAAGCCAUCUCUUCUCUCUAUAAAGACAACUAUGAAGCCAUCUCUUCUCUCUAUAAAGACAGCCAUCUCUUCUCUCUAUAAAGACAAGCCAUCUCUUCUCUCUAUAAAGAAGACAUCUAUGAAAUAA